AUGUCGACGGCACCAAACCUCGAUGUGGUAGAUGCCGCACGAGCAGACAUCCCCGGAAUUGAAAAAGGUCUCGACGGAGAGAAGAGACCAGAUGCUUAUCAGGGCAACCUCGCUGACGCAAGAGGCUCCAGCGAGACUCUCACUGGCCCCAAUGGCGAGGUCUAUCCGACCGAAGAGGAGCUCACCACUCUACGCCGUACCCAUGGCAAAGUCUCUUGGUUGAUUUACAGCAUCGGCUUUGUUGAAAUGUGCGAGCGUUUUGCGUACUACGGUACCACCGCAGUCUUCGUCAACUUUAUCGCUUACCCUCUGCCACCCAACUCAACCACAGGUGCGGGAGGUACACAUGAACAGGCUGGAGCUCUUGGUCUUGGCCAGCGCGCUUCAACCGCCCUCACUCUGUUCAACUCCUUCUGGUCCUACGUGAUGCCGCUACUUGGUGGUUAUCUUGCCGACACAUACUGGGGCCGCUACCUCACAAUCCAAUACGCGAUUGUCGUAGCUACCGUCGGCCACAUCCUCAUCAUCGUAGCAGCCAUCCCGUCCGUCAUAUCCAACCCCAGCGGCGCCCUCGCAGCAUUUAUCAUUGGCCUUUUGGGAUUCGGCACAGGUGUAGGAUGGUUCAAGGCGAACAUUUCGCCGCUCAUCGCGGAACAGUACGAGCUCACUCAACCUCGGGCGACCGUCGAAACUCUCCCCUCGGGCGAGCGCGUCAUCAUCGACCCAGUCAUGACGAUUUCUCGCGUAUACAUGCGCUAUUACUUCCUCAUCAACGUCGGCGCGCUCGUGGGCCAGGUCUCCAUGGUCUACGCCGAGAAAUACGUCGGCUUCUGGCUAUCGUACCUCCUCCCGACAAUCAUGUUCUUCUUUUGCCCCGUCGUAAUGGUCCUCUGCCGCAAGCACUACGCCAAGCGGCCGCCCACCGGUUCCGUCCUCGGGAAGUCCAUCGCGUUGGUGGCGUACGGCAUCAGGCAGGGCCACGGCGGCAUCUUCGCCAUGCGCAAGGACGCCUUCUGGGAGCGCAUCAAGCCCAGCGCGGUGCCCGACCGCCCGUCGUGGAUGACGUUCGACGACGCCUGGGUCGACGAGGUACGCCGCGGAAUCAUGGCGUGCACCGUCUUCCUCUGGUUCCCCAUCUUCUGGCUCGCGUACGGCCAGAUGACGAACAACCUCAUCAACCAAGCGGCGACGAUGCGCCUCGACGGCAUCCCAAACGACAUCAUCACGAACCUCAACCCGUUCGCGCUGCUCAUAUUCAUCCCCAUCUGCGACAAGCUAAUAUACCCCGCCGUCGAGCGCGCGGGCGUCCGCUUCACGCCGAUCAAGAAGAUCACGGUGGGCUUCUUCUGCGCCACGAUGUCCAUGAUGGUCGCCGCCGUCAUCCAGCACUUCAUCUACCAGCGCGCCCCCUGCGGGUACAGCGCCAGCGACACGGACUGCAUCCGCGAGAACGGCCCGCCGGAGAUGACCGUGUGGAUUCAGACGCCGUGCUACAUCCUCAUUGCCCUCAGCGAGAUCUUCGCGUCCAUCACGGGUCUCGAGUACGCCUUCACCAAGGCGCCGCGGAACAUGCGUGGCUUGGUCACCGGCGUCUUCCUCUUCGUCCACGCCUUCUCGAGUGCCAUCGCCCAGGCGUUUGUGGGGUUGGCGGCUGACCCGCUCCUGGUCUGGCUGUAUACCUGCAUCACCAUCAUCAGCUGCGUCGGGGGAGUUGGUUUUUGGAUCAUGUUCCGGAAGCUUGAUAAGGAGGAGGAUGCUCUUAAUGCUUUGCCUGAGAGUUCAUACAGGGGACGCGACGGUGGUAUGGAAAUGAAGGCCAAGGAUGUCGAAAAUUAG